AUGGACACCGAUGAUGAACCCGAAUGCUCUCCCCCUCCAUGUCUCACUACCUGUCUGCAAUCAUUCGGAAACAUGAUUCCCCCCAGCGACGGAGAUUUCGACCAAGUCUGUAGGAUAAUCUCAGCACAUCCUACCCACACCACUUUCUCGUCGCUAUACUGUUGCGAUCUGAAUUGUGGGAGAAAGUUUGGCGUUGCUGCGGGACACGAUCGAGUAGGGGCGUUCGCUGAAACGAACUCCAGAUUUGGCAUAUCUAAUAUCAUGGAUCCUGGUCAACCCCCAGCCUCGAAAUGUUCUUCCAUACCCGGUACAACGGAACUACCUACUUCUUUUCUACUGUCAGCAAUUACGAGUACGAAUUCUCAGGCGGCUAUUUCAACUCCACAGCCAGCAUCACCACUUUUGGCGCCAAUAUACGCAGCAUCGUCUCACCUGCAAAUUUCGCUAUCUGCUCCUUCACCAUCAAUUCUCAACUCCACCACCGCCCCUACACUUUCACCUUCUCAACUUUCUAGCCUCGCACUGAGCUCCGUUUUUCCAGAAAUCCAGUCUGCACCCUCUCACGCCUAUUUGCAAAACCUCAGUUUCAAGGCAAAAGUCGGCUCUAUAUUGGGCCUCACUAUCUUCCUUCUCCUACUCCUCAUUCUCAGCAUCCUCUUCUUGAUACGGCACAGACGACGUCCGCGUAUUCCAGUUUCUUGA